AUGGACAGCAGCUGCAUUUCCGGGCGCCAAGACGGGGGUAGGGCAGAGAUAAUAACAAGCAGAAGGAUAAUUAUAAUUAGCCUUCUCAGCUGUAACGCUAAGGUUAAGGCCGUCAGCCUUAAGAGGCUGCGGGUACGCGCCCGUGCGCAGGGCUCUAGGCCAUUCCCGGCGCGUUCCAAGGCCCGCUGCUUCCAUCGGCCCAUGGAAGCGCGUUUCUAUUUAAUGCUGCCGGCACGCGAUGGACGGGAGCCCCUCUCGCCUCGUCACCGCAACCCCUCAGCAGCGAAUCCCGAACCUCAUCUGCACCCCAACCACCUCGCAAGGCACGCCGCGCGCCUGGUGGAGGCUUCCCAUUAUGACGGGCUCGGACGGCUGUCAUCAUUGGAGAGGCCUGCACGCUUUUCCUGUCUCCAAGUUGUCAAUGUAACAGCAUACUCCGUCCUGGCUCCGUCCCGGCAGAUGGAUCGGCAGUACGAUGGUAGAUG